AUGAUAAACAUUACGUAUCUGUCACCUGGAGUUCGAGAUUUGCUGCUAAGCGUAUCACCUUUUGAGUCCGGUAAUACUCCAUAUGAACCAUCCAUUGAAGAAAUUCGACAGUGUAUAGUGAUUGAUGAAUCCGGAAUCAAUUAUCGAGAAUCCGUUCGCCGAUUGGAUAAGAGAAUAUUGCCACAAAUUGAAACAUUGUUCAAGCAGAUGAAUGAAGAGAAAUUUCGAUCUUCUUAUGAUAAUGAUCGACAUUGUCUAUGGCUGACUAAUCGAAAAGAUUUGUUUCGAAUCUUUCAUUUCUUGAAAAGCGAUCAACUUCAUUUGGCUACUCUGCUUUUAACUUGUUUCACAGAACGAAAUCUCGGUAAUUUGCUCCUAACUGAGAUAAACACGGUGCCGAAUCUCCUCCGGCAGAUUGUUGAAUCGUCUACUCUCACCUCCAUUCUUGGUUCUGAUCUGACUAUGAUCUUACAAUUGAUAAUUGGUAGUCCAAAAUCAAUUAAUUUACGAAAUAUCUAUUGGCAUGGAUUUGUUCAAUACAAUGAAGUUUCACCUAAAUUUUCUUACCUUUUGUUAUAUUUGCUAAUACAAAUUGGACCGAUUAUUGAUGGAAAAGUAGUGCCUGACAGGCCCUUUAUCUCACUGGAACGUUUUGCAAAUCAUACUUUUCUUCCUGCAGAUGCCCGUUGUCCGAAUGCUGAGACAGCAAUUCACCUAAUUGAAAAUCAUCCACUUAUUGACAGUGGAUUUAAACCGUUACUGAAAUCGAGUAUUGACUAUAUCUACAACCAAAACGAGUAUGGUUUGAGUAUGAUGCUUCUCUUGCCAAUUUUCGAACACGUAUUACGAAAAUUGUUUGUUCAAAUUAAUAACUGCCCAGAGCGAUUAUUAACAGCUGAGGUAGUCAUAAUUCAUGAAGCUGUUCGUGUUUUUAGAGCACAACAUUGUUCACGACUUUGGAUGAAAUUUCAGAUCUUGACUUGUUGUUUAUCAGAUAGUGAAGCAAAUUGUCUUUGCAGUGAACUAGGCCAUGGUUAUAUGGGUCUACUAGCUGAUCUGAUCACAUAUCCCGAAGGCGUUUGUCUUCGGUCAAAGUUAAGUCAUUGCGAAUUCAACUAUGAACAACUGCCACGAUCGAUUGCAGAUGCCCAAUUCAGUUUAUUUUUGGCACUGCUGUAUCGAUAUAAUAAUCAUCCGGAUGAUUAUGGUCAACGUCUUCUGGAUUAUGUUGAUAAUUACAAAGUCUUCUAUCAUCCGAUUGCUAUCGCUAAAAACCAAAUGCGUGACUUCGUUGUUGAAUUUCAACGAAUACCAGAGUGUGCUGCAGCAAUCGAAGGAGAAGAUGCAACCGAGAUUUCCAAUUUUCCGGUGAAGUUAAUUGAUUUUUGGCGAUUAUUCAUCCCGUUAGACCAACUAUCUUUAUAUGACGAUAUGUCCAUACAAACAAUCGAAGUAUUUCUCAAUGAAAAUACUUUAAAUCUGAUCAAUCGAUAUUGUCCUCACAAGACAACGACGAAUGGGAAUAGUGAACAAUCUCUGAUCACAAUCAUUCGACAAUUGUCUGUUCACAUACAUCAAGUGUUAACGAAUGUCGAUACAUUUCUAAAAACACGUGGACAAGCUUAUCAUUCCAAACAGUUACGAGCCAAUCAACGUGCUAAUUUCGAGCGUUUUAUCAAUAUCUACGACGAUCUUCAUCAAUCAGUUUUAUUCAUCAGUUAUUUGACUUAUCAUUCCAAACAGUUACGAGCCAAUCAACGUGCUAAUUUCGAGCGUUUUAUCAAUAUCUACGACGAUCUUCAUCAAUCAGUUUUAUUCAUCAGUUAUUUGAGUUCCACUAUUCUCUAUUCAUUAGACUAUAUUCGAUGUAAUGACUCGAGAUAUUCCUCGUUUUUAAUGAAAAUUUUACGAAUAUGGUUGACAUUUAUUGAAAAUGCAGUAACAUUAUCGAGCAUAAUACGAAACCGAUGGGAUGAACUCGCUGCAUUAUAUUCAACGGCGAUCGAUAAAUCCAACAAACUCAUAGCUAAACUGUGA